UUAAAUGAAAAUUAAAUGUUGAAUUUUAAUUCUUAACGGUAAAAUAUACUAUUGCAUAAAGUUACAGUUUGUAAUCGCAGACCAAAUGUAUUUAAACCGACCAAUAGCAGCAUAAUACGCAUUUCAUUUUUAAUUUUCAUCAGGCGCAUGUUGGACACCUAUCUGACGACAUUUUCAGGCGCGCGUGCCGGUCCUGUGUGCGUCGUUCAGCGUGUGUCCUCGCAGGUCACGUUUUCGGUCUUCUGGUGUUUUCCAAAUCAGUCUGCCACAAUGUCACGAUUUCUUUGUCUGUACCGAUUCGGACUCGGUUCUCUUCAAAGGUCCAAUUCACGGAUAAUGUCACGAGGACUGAGCAGCCGCACUAUGGCGCUUCCUUUAGCGAGAGACCUGCAGGCUUCGCAGAAGCGGCACUGUCAGCCCAAGUUGUGCAGGUUGCAGUGGUCCAGCCGUGUCCUGAGCCAGCAGUCUUUCUACAGCACUCAGGAAGUAGAGAAAGAGCCUGAAGAGGAGCCGCUACAUACCAUCAUAAGUGACACUGAAUCUGUACAAGGUAGUUUUUCCAAACACGAAUUCCAAGCUGAAACAAAAAAACUUCUAGACAUUGUUGCCAGGUCCUUGUACUCAGAGAAAGAAGUGUUCAUCAGGGAGCUGAUUUCUAAUGGCAGUGAUGCUCUGGAAAAGCUAAGGCAUAAGCUGAUCACAGCAGGGGGAGAAACUGCUCCAAUGGAGAUCCAUCUGAAGACAGAUGCUGGAAAAGGAACCAUCACCAUCCAGGAUACAGGAGUUGGCAUGAACAAAGAGGAGUUGGUGGCCAACCUGGGUACUAUUGCUCGCUCUGGUUCAAAAGCGUUCCUGGAUGCCCUGCAGAACCAGGCAGAGGCGAGCAGCUCCAUCAUCGGUCAGUUUGGAGUUGGUUUCUACUCGGCAUUCAUGGUGGCGGACCGUGUCGACGUUUUCACUCGCUCUGCAGAUCCGGAUGCACCCGGAUACAAGUGGUCCUCCGAUGGCUCUGGACUUUUUGAAAUCGCGGAAGCCAGUGGGGUCCAACAGGGAACAAAAAUCGUACUGCACCUGAAAGAUGACUGCAAGGAGUUUUCCUCUGAGGAUAGGGUUAAAGAGGUUGUGACAAAAUACAGCAACUUUGUGAGCUUCCCUAUUUUCCUGAAUGGGCGGAGACUAAACACUCUGCAGGCCUUGUGGUUGAUGGAGCCUAAAGAAAUCGGCGACUGGCAGCAUGAGGAGUUUUACCGCUACAUCGCUGAGGCCUACGACAAGCCCCGGUACACGCUGCACUACCGGGCCGACGCCCCCCUCAACAUCCGCAGCAUCUUUUAUGUCCCUGAGUCGAAGCCGAGCAUGUUUGACGUGAGCAGGGAGAUGGGCUCCAGCGUGGCUCUGUACAGCAGGAAGGUUCUGAUCCAGACCAAAGCCUCUGACAUUCUUCCUAAGUGGCUGCGCUUCCUCCGAGGUGUGGUGGACAGUGAAGACAUCCCUCUGAACCUGAGCCGAGAGCUCCUGCAGGAGAGCGUCCUCAUCAGGAAGCUUCGUGAUGUUUUGCAGCAGAGAGUGAUCCGCUUCCUGCUGGACCAAAGUAAGAAGGAGCCCGAGAAGUACAACAAGUUCUUUGAGGAUUACGGUCUGUUCAUGAGGGAGGGGAUCGUCACCACGCAGGAGCAAGACGUCAAGGAGGACAUCGCCAAGCUUUUGAGGUUUGAGUCUUCGGCUUUACCGGCCGGCCAGCAGACCAACCUGAUGGAGUACGGCUCCCGUAUGAAGGCCGGCACGCGCAACAUCUACUACCUGUGUGCCCCCAACCGACAUUUAGCAGAGCACUCCCCGUACUUUGAGGCCAUGAAGAAGAAAGACAUGGAGGUGCUGUUCUGCUACGAGCAGUUUGACGAGCUGACCCUGCUCCACCUCCGAGAGUUCGACAAGAAGAAGCUGAUCUCCGUGGAGACGGACAUCAUGGUGGAUCACUACAAGGAGGAGAAGUUUGAGGACAGUAAACCAGCAUCUGAGCGUCUGACGCAGGAGCAAGCCGACGACCUGAUCGCCUGGAUGAAGAACGCUUUAGGUCCUCGAGUCACAAAUAUCAAGCUAACUCCUCGUCUGGACACCCACCCCGCCAUGAUCACAGUCUUAGAAAUGGGGGCCGCACGCCACUUCCUCCGCACUCAGCAGCUGGCUCGCAGUGCUGAGGAGAGAGCCCAGAUCCUGCAGCCCACGCUGGAGAUCAAUGCAGGACACGAUCUGAUCAAGAAGCUGCACACGCUGAAGGACACAAACUCUGAACUGGCAGUUCUGUUACUCGACCAGGUUUAUGACAACGCCAUGAUCACUGCAGGACUGAACGACGACCCCAGACCCAUGAUCGCUCGCCUCAACGACCUCCUGACCAGAGCUCUGGAGAAACACUGAUGGACAAGCAUCCGAUGAGAGCGGCCCAAAGAUGAAAGACUUUUGAGCAGUUGGAGGGCCAAUCAGGAGUAAGGAGGAGGAGAACAAUAGACUUUUUGAAGCACUUGUUCAUUGGAAUCCAUGAAAAAAAGUUUUUUCCUCAUCCUUGAAAUAUGUAAAUGUCCUCAGUGAAGCAUGUUAAUGCUUGAAAAGCAGUUUUCCUGUUGCAACCGUCUGUACAAGCUGCUCCUGGUUAUCUGAAGAGGCUAGUAGUGUUUAGCUGGAGAGGAGAACAUUGAAACCACAGCAAGUAGUUAUCCAUUUUAAGCAGCUCAAUUGGAGAGUCAAAUAAAGACAUGAACCGGUUA